UCGUGUGCAGCCAGCAGUUGGCAGUGGCGUCCAUGAACGGGAAUCGUGCGAGCGACAGCACGGACGGCACGUUGAGUCGAGAGGAUAAUCGACACACACUCACUGACGGGGUCGAAAUCGACUGAGCGAAUCUCUGUUUGAGUGGAUUUUGUGUUGUGCUGAAAAAAAGGUAUCACCGUGGGACUCGCGGCUUCAAGGCAAGGAGCACGAUCACUCGUCCUUUUACAAGUUCUUACAAAUGGAGCACAACCAUAAGAAUCUGGACUGUUACUUCUUCUACUAUUCUACGUGCAAAAAGGGCGACUUUUGCCCAUAUAGACAUGAACCAUCUGCUCUAGGUUGUGAAACUACAUGCACAUAUUGGCAGCAAGGAAAUUGCCUUAAUGAGCACUGUAACUUCAGACAUAUGGAAUUGAAGAAAAAUCGCAAGUCAAUUCCUUGUUAUUGGGAGACACAACCUGGAGGAUGUAGGAAACCACAUUGUCCAUUUUUGCAUGCGAGUCCACGCAAUAUUACUAAUGAUCCUAUCAAUCCUGUGAAAACCACAGAAGUAGCAACAAAAUCUCCUAAUCAAGAAUGGCUCAAUCGUCAAGAUGACCCCAAAUAUGACGGCAGCAGUACUACUGAGUCGGACCAAGGUAGAGGAAACAGCGAGGCUGGUAGUUUUAUUGGUAGUCCCGCCGUUGAUCCUCUCAUCGUCAAAUUUGAAGAAGAAUCCGAUAAUGAAAGUGCACCGUCACCAGUAAAAUCGCAGCCCAAGGUACCCUAUUGCAAGACCUACGAGCAGAUGAGACUAGAGGAAAUCCAGGCGGAGAGUGCGGCAUAUUAUUCAUACGAGGGUGAAAACGAUACUAAACUUUUCCCCAAUCCGGAUAUUGGCAAGGCUAAGAGGAUAAUCAGCGCUAAUCGAUGGGUGAAUUCACCCAAGACGGAAGAACCGGUAAAGGAAUUGGACUUUAAAGUGUUGAGUCUGGAGGAGAUUCGACGACGAAAGAAGGAAAGAGAGUUGGCCGCUAAAGCUUCGACGGAGUCUUCGCCGAUUGAGACGAUGAAAAACACGAAAAAGCGUUCGAUCGAACAAUGCAAUGAGGAGAGCUCGAGUCCGACGAAGAAGCGCAGGAUCAGCUCCGAAUUCGUCAAGGGCGAAUCCGUCAUCAAGAUACCACCGGUAAAAUUACGAAGGUCACUGAAAAGCGCCAUUGUAAGGAAUAUCGAGACUCGCAAAGACAUGACCGGAACACUAGACGAUCAGGAUGACGAAAUGUCAGGGUGUUGCGAGAGGUUGGAGAGCCAUACUGAUGAGUCGACCAACGCGAACAGAAGAAGCGAAGUGGAGAUCAGAUUGUGCGAUAGUAGUACAAACGAGGAGAAAACUCAAACGCAACCGGAACAAGCGGCGGAUGACAGGAAAUCAGUCGCUACGUACACGGCGGAGGAUAUCGUGAAUAACGCACUAUUGGUGGUCGGUCGACCAUACGCAAAUACCGAGGAUGAGUAUCUGAGAUUAGAUACCACGGCCGAUGAUAUUAUGAGAGAUAUCGAAGACUUGCUCAAAUAGAAAAACUGCGAUUUAAACGACUUUAGACGAAUCUAUGCAUCUAGAAAUACUCGCUGAGUAUUAUAUUCUACGCUCUUUUUCUUCAAGGUUCAAAAAUGUUUAAAA